UAAAUGUUAUGGAGUGAUUUAAUGAGAACAAGUGGGAACUCAACUACAGAAUAAUUAUGUGUGCUGUUAAUGUCACGUUUACGAUUUUUUUUCAGCAAAGACCAUUUUUGAAAUGAUCAAAGGGUGCAUGACAUAUAUUUGAGACCCGGCCAUUCUAUGAUCUCGCGAUAUUACACAGAACCGCUGCUCUCCACCCUACCCCCAUAUUGCCAGAAACACAAUUUUAAAAGCGUAAAAUGUAUAUAUACUAUUUGUUUUUGACACACCAUAUAUCAUUAACUCUAUAACUAUAAAGCCGCGGGAAAGUAAACCGCAGGUGCCACGUACGUUAGCAUGAUACUUUAAUUCAACACUACUAGGACACCUCGUCGAAACAGUUCAUCAUUAAAUUACACUUGAGGAAAAAUCAUAAAAAAUACUAGGAUGCCCCCCUCCUCUAAUGACGUCAGAUUCAUUCCCACAAUGCCUAGUAACACGCAGGCGCACUGUAAAGGAAAAAAAUAUAAGACAGCUAUCUGUGAUCAGAGAUGGCGGGCGCCUCCGACCCCCUGGAAGAUAUGCUGUUUUCAGAGGUGGACGAAAAAGCUGUGAGCGACUUAGUGGGCUCACUGGAGUCACAGCUCGCCGGACAAAGCAACCUUACAGGCAAAGCAGACGAAAACGGAGGCGCAGGCUCGGUGGCCCCUGCUAACCAUCACUUGGGAAAAACGCUACCAGCUCCAGUGGGCACAACAACACUAGCACAACAACAACAAGGACGGCGAAAUAAACCCGAGAUGCCCCCGGAGAUCAACUCAAAGGACGCUAGCCCGGAUACCGCUGCCAAGUCCCCUUCUCCGGACUCUACCCGUUAUUCCGGCGAGCCGCCCGCCGCUCCUGCUGCCUGCGCGGGAGCCACUAGCGCCAGCGGCUCGCGAUCACAUGGAGCAUCCAUCACAACACUGGCGGCGUCCGGCGCGUCAACUUUGGCGUCCGCGGCGGACAGCAUCAGCACCGCAUCCGUGCUGGGGUCUAAGGUCAGUCCGGGGUCGUGCGGGUCCUCGUCGGAGGAAUCCAACCCGCCGCGGAAACGCAUAGGCGCGCCGCGGAGGAGCGCCUCAACUCGGGUAAAGAGUUUGAACGGCGCGGCUGUGACGACCAGGAGGAACAGCGGCACCGCGGCGGUGUCCCAGGACCCGAGCGCCGCGGAGACGGCAGACCCAACGACGCCGAACUCCACUCGGCCGGCGGCGUCCUCCAUCAACACUUCGACUUUCACAGUCUCGAAUGCUGACCUGCCCGCGGGCCAGUCGGCUAUCGCUCUGGACCGGGGGACUCCCACCAUCGCGUUGCGCAGACUCCCCAGUCACAUCGUGGCGAGCAUUGCCCAGACCGGCAGCGGAACCAGCGUGUCGGCCUUGGCCCAGCAGGGCGCUCGCGUAGGACCGGCCGCCCCCCCCUCGACUUCGCGGGGGGACCACAGCCCCGACGACCGUCAGUCCAAAACUGUACCGCCAAGCCAGCCAGCCAGUAGCGUCAACUCCGUAAUAAGCACGGUCUCCGCUGUUGUCACGACAACCACAACCACAACCACAGCAGCAGCAGCAGCAGCCACACCGUCCGCGAUGGUGACCCGGCCCGCGAGCUCCGCAGCGGCCGCUGCUGGCGUCGCGGGGCCCGCAGCGAGUUCCGCGUGCGUAACGGGUCAGGUCACGUCGGUGGCCACCGCUGUGAGCAUGGUCAGGCCCAGUCUUCCCUCACCGACCCCCGCCGCGCAGGUUCAACCUCGCCCGGGACUGGCGGCGCCUCAGAGGAUCGCAGCCCCGCAGGUGAUCAUCAGACCGCCUCAGCAGCCGACGACCAUUCAGCUGCCCCCCGGGUUCACCAUCCCACCGGGGAUGGUGCUGGUGCGCACGGAGCUGGGCCAGCUGGUGAUGGUUCCUCAGCAGGCUUUGGCUCAGGCUCAGGCUCAAGCUCAGGCUCAAGCUCUGAACAACAUCUCCCCACGACCUGCCACCCCCACAGCAGGAGCGUCCUUCAGAGUAACGACUCCUCAGUCUCCCGCGACCUCUCUGACCGCCAGGCAGUGCCCUUUGACCCCGGCCAAGAUGGCACCGUCUCCCUCUCCCAACCCGUCCAGCCCUGCCCUCCAGACCUCCUCUUCUUCCUUCUCCUCCUCCUCCUCCUCCUCCUGUCCUGCACUCCGCCCAAAGGCCCCCGUGGCGCCGGCCGCGCCGGCCGCGCCAGCGCCGGCUACGCAGCAGACCCCCGCGGUGGCGGUGGCCCCCCAAGCCCCGGCCCCGGCGGCCUCCCAGCCGACGCAGCUUCCUCAGACCAGCAUCGCCGCGAACCCCGCGUCCCAGGAAAUGCAGGAGAAUGUCAAGAAGUGCAAGAAUUUCCUGGCCACGCUCAUCAAGCUGGCGUCCCACAACUCUCCGUCCCCCGAGACCUCCAAAAACGUCAAGUCUCUGGUUCAGGACCUGCUGGAUGCCAAGAUUGAGCCGGAGGAGUUCACCAGCCGGCUGCAGACUGAGCUCAAGUCGUCGCCACAGCCGUACCUGGUGCCCUUUCUCAAGAAGAGCCUGCCGGCCCUGAGGCUGUCCCUGAUGAACAGUCAGCAGUCCCCGACCCCGUCCCAGCAGCAGGGGGUCAAACCGCCGCCCUGCGGGGCCCCUCCCACCCUCGCGUCCGGGCCAGCUGUCCGCGCGCGCCACCCCAACAGCGUCAGCAUCACGCCGGGUGCCGGCGCGCCGCCUGCCGGGGCGCCGGGGCAUGCAGCCGCCGUGGGUAUCAAGGCAGCAAGCACCGCCGGGGGCCCCGUCCGGAUGCCGAUGGUGAUCUCGCAGUCCGUCAGAACCCAAGGCACAAUGGGGAAGGGAGGCUUCAUCCAAGCGGGCAGAAGUCCCGUGGGCCCCGCUGCCGCUCAGAUCUGUGGGAAUCAGAGAAACAAGCUCAACGACCCUGGAGGAGGUUCUUUCAGGGACGAUGACGACAUCAACGACGUGGCCUCCAUGGCCGGCGUGAACCUGAAUGAGGAGAGCGCGAGAAUCCUCGCCACCAACUCCGAGCUGGUGGGGACGCACAUCCGCUCGUGCAAAGACGAGGCCUUCCUCCACCCGGGCCUGCUCCAUCGGCGCAUCCUGGAAACGGCCAGGAAGUUUGGAGUCACUGAGGUGCCAAUGGAGGCGGUGACGUUCAUCUCUCACGCCGCACAGGCUCGUCUCCGGACCGUAGUAGAAAAGGUUUCAACCAUCGCACAGCACCGACUGGACUCCUGUAAGGACGACGAGUGCUACGAGCAGUCGGCGGACGCCCGCUCGCAGCUGCGCUUCUUCGAGCAGCUGGAGAGGAUGGAGAAGCAGAGGAAGGACGAGCAGGAGAGGGAGAUCCUGUUGAAAGCGGCGAAGAGUCGCUCCAGGCAAGAGGACCCAGAGCAAGCGCGACUGAAACAGAAAGCCAAGGAGAUGCAGCAACAGGAACUGGCGCAGAUGAGGCAGCGAGACGCCAACCUCACAGCACUGGCUGCCAUUGGCCCCCGCAAGAAGCGCAAAGUGGAUUCGCCGGGGACGACCCCGCCGGGGGCCGAGGUUUCAGGCAGCGCGGCGGGCUCCCCGGCGGCCUCCUCCAGCCCGUCCACCUCAUCGCGGCAGUACGCGCGCCAGCGCAUCACCCGCGUCAACCUCAGGGACUUAAUUUUCUACAUGGAGCAAGAGAGAGAGACCGCCCACUCCCUCCUCCUCUACCGCGCCCUGCUCAAGUAGCCCGACCUCAGCCUCCUCUUCCUCCUCCUCCUCUUCUUCCUCCUCCUCUUCCUCCUCUUCCUCCUCCUCUUCCCACUCUUCCUCCUCCUCUUCCUACUCUUCCUCAGCCACGUGCCUUCAGAUCAGGUCUAAUGUUUCAGUUUUGUGUCUCCAUAUGUACUGUAGUGACGUUCGAUGUAACUUUUAAUACAAAGAGAUGGAAGGAAACAGAGAGAGAGAGAGAAAAAAAUACAGACAAAAAUAAAAGCGUUUUAGAUUUGCGAUGUGUGGUUAGAUCGUUGGGUUCAAAGGCCGUAUCCAAUCGUGUUGAAGUUGCAUAUUUCAAAAGUACAAAGUGUUUUUUAGUGACCCCGGGAACUCGUUCUGUGUGAUGGGCCUCUGUUUAUGUGACGUCGUGGGCCGUGUAUUCUGGUGAGAGGACUGUGCACUUGGCCGGUGGAAUGAAUGUAGUUCUCAGUGAUCUGUGCACCAAGACGCGCUUUUGAAACAUUAGGAUUCCAAAUAACAGCAUCAUGGUAAACGUGUACAUAGUUCUCAUUGGAUCAUCGCACAGCAUGAAGAUUUUUACCUCACGUAAAAUGUUCGGUUCAAAUAAAUCCAAACGAAUUCAUUCUCUUCUCCGAAUUUGUCAUACGGUGGAAUUCCCGUGACCUUUCUGCAAAGGUCGCCAAACUAAAUGAUGAAGCCUCAUUGUUUCUUAUUGGUCAUUCUUGUCAGUGUUUUUUUUUUGUUGUUUUUUUACCCAUGCAUAAUGUGAACAUUGCUCUAGGACUAACUUUAAAUGUUUGUACGUCGCACAAUGUGACGCUUACCUCUUCAAAAGUGAGUGAAACCUCGGCUCAUUCCUGCAUCUUUUCACUCCGGUCUGCACAUUAAUGACGUUUAAAAGAAAAUAGUUGAGCCCUUUCCAGGAGAACUGUCGGGCCCCGGAGCCUCUUGUUGUCCCCCUAACCUGCUUUAGUAAUGAUUGAAUGAUAAAAAAGCACUUACCUGUUUGUAUUGUCAUCCUAAAUCGGAUUUCACAGUUGUAACGUAAUGUUGAACUGUAGAAGGAAGCAGAUGAUUUCAGCCUAGAAUUGAUUUCUAGUUCUUUUCCCGUUUUGUUUCUGUCUCUGUAUUUGUACUCAAGAGACAAACGCCUGCUCUUUACAUCUUAUUAUUUUCUCUUUUUUACAAACCCUAAUUGUGUUACGUUAGACAGUCCUUUAUGGACUUGUUUUCUAUUUAACUAAAUAUCUUGGCCUCUAUGCAGCUUUUCUUGUCAUAUUGAAAUUUAUUUAAAUAUUUGUGACAUUUGAAACAACUGUUGUGCAUUGUACAUUUUGACGGCACUUUUUUUAAUAUCUAUUUUACCUAACGACUGAAAGCUGUCACUGUAUUAUAGCAAAGAAAUAACUCUUUUAAGUAGUAAACAAUAUUGCCGACUUCCUUAUUAUUAUUAGGAAUUUUGAACACUUAAUACAUUUUAUUUUAUUUUGGGAUUGGCCUUUGUUCGAUAACACAUUUCAUAUUUUUUAUCUCCAAACACCAUCUUUUAAAAACAAGCACAACAAUAUCUAUUGUGGUGAUUUCAAAUCAUUUUAUUAAGGAUUUUUAUCUUUUCCGAGGAGGACAUUUCUACUACUGCAGCUUUUUAGCCACAAUAGUGGGACAAUAUUACUGAAGAAAGGCAUUUUCAAUGUAAGGGUGAUUUGUAAAUAUUGUUUACUAUGUGUUUAUUAGAACCACGUUAUUUUUGGUAAACUCUUGUACAUAUCUUGAAAAUGUCCUGUUUGUGUGAAAAAAACAAUACUUAUGUAUUUGUACCUCUUUUGUAAAGGAAUAAACACGCUGUUUACUAAACGGAGCAGAGAUGACUGUGUCCAUUUCCUCCUUCGUUUCACCCCAACAGCAUUCAGCCUGCAGACAGCACUCGUAACAGGAAUAAAAAAAAAAAAAAAUGUAAAUUUGACUCUAAAAUGACUCAAUAACCAGGCAAUAUGUUUCCCUCUCUCAUUCCUUACUCUUUAGAAGAAAAAAUAAGAUGCUGUGGGUUUUAAUGCGGCGACGUUUAACUAAAGUCAACCACUAAUUCAGCCUGCUUCAUUUCCAUUUCUAACAUUGCACAUGCAUGCGAGUACAAACUGAUGAAAAGUCCCCUUAGGUUCCUGCUGCUAAUUAAGCAGAAGCAUUUGUGAAAAGACCAAACUGUUUAACUCAGUGCAAAAUAUUGGAGUAUGGGAGCCUUAUU